CGCGAGACUAUAACCAACCAUUGACAAAGCAUUUUUUUGCAAAUUUCUUUUUAUAAGUGAGACGGGUAUUACACUAAUUGGCUAUACAUUUACGUGAAUACAAACCAUUUUGCACCCAUGCAUGUACUUCAUCAGUCAUCACUUCAUAUGUUUUCUCCAAUCAAUUAAAUGCUGUACUUUGAAGUGUCUAUAUCAACACAGCCUGUCGUUCGUUGAGUCUUCCCGACAAACUACAAGAACGUGUACGUUUGUAUAACCAGGAGUACUAAUGUACUCUUGGUAUAACCUUCACUUUGUGGCUAACGAGAGGGUCUGUAAUAGGUUCAAAGAUCUUUAACCGCUUGGCCACCUAGUAUGUGAGGGCGAGACGCUUGGUUCUGGCUGGAGAAACAAAUUUAUUUGUAUACCCGGUAAUUACUUUGAUGUCUCACAUACAUCAUAAUUUUAUUCAUGUCCAUCUUGAAUUUGGUUGACCUAUGUUAGUGGGAGGGGCACUUUACAACACAAACACAUCUUGAUCCAUCAUAUCACAGUUGGUUGGCAGCAUGGACAGAAGUCAGCCUAAUAUUGGAGCUGGUUUCAGCUUUUACAUAUCUUGUGCACCAGUAAGAAGGGUCAAAAAGAGCAAUGAGUAUUCAUGUAGGGAAUAUGAGGUUUACAUGAAUAGCGAAGGCCUGCAAACUCUCACUUUGCCGAAAUGGGAGGCAGGGAUAGACAAGGACCCUACAACAGUGGUUCUGGACAGUUUAAAACAAGAGAUUGGUCUCCACGGAUCAAGUGCGUACCCGUUGACAGCGUCGCCCAGCAGAAACAACCUCACUUUGUACUACGCUGUACCUGUUUCCAAUGAAGAUGUGCCCACUGGGGGAGGAAAGUACUGGACAGUGUCUCACCUUUUAGAGCAAUUUCACUUAGAUCAAGGAACAAAGAAUAUGAUAUCAGUACUGGACUUAUGGCUGCGAGAAAGACAUACGAUACCGUUUGUAAACGUGGACACCCUGUUUCUGUGCAGUAAAGAAGGGGAGGGAAUAGGAGGACUGGUCAAAGUCAUCAUUGAGAAUCCUAUUCAUCAGUCUCAUUUGCGUCCUCCAGAAGACAAACUGGUGAUCUCAUUGAACAACCCUGUGUUUGAGAGGACCACAACACAAGACACCACCAUAACAUCGAAUGCUUAGAUACCGUUGCAGGAUUAUCAUAGAGGAUACAUGUUGUUAGCUAAUGUUUAAGAUUAUGGUUUCACUGUUUUAACUAUAACUGAGUGGUACAUAUUAUACUGUAUUUACUAAUUAA